AUGACCGCCGCAACAGUCAUCAAGUGUCUGCGUCAGUUAUUCUCUAUAGUCGGCAUUCCUGCUUAUGUCCACUCGGAUCAAGGCACCUCCUUCAUGAGCCGAGAGCUGAGAAAUUUCCUGACUAGUUAUGGUGUGUCUACCAGCCGGACCACCCCAUACAACCCUAGAGGAAAUGGUCAGUGCGAGCACCACAACGGAAUAAUAUGGAAAACCAUUACACUCGAUCUUAGGUCCAAGAACAUCGCAGAAACUAAUUGGGAAUCUGUGUUACCUGAUGCACUUCAUUCUAUUCGGUCUCUGUUAUGUACUGCCACCAACAAAACGCCUCAUGAAAAACUGCUCAGCUUCCAACGCCGAUCAGACCGUGGUAGUUCGAUGCUAACCUGGCUCUCCUCUCAUAGACCAGUCUUGCUACGAAGACAUGGCAGAAACAGUAAGUACGACCCUCUGGUUGAUGAGGUUGAGCUUCUGGAAGCCAAUCCACAGUACACCCACAUUCGGUUCCCUGAUGGACGACAGUCUACCGGAGUUGAAAUCAGGAACCAAGUUAUUCACACUGAUACCAACGGUAGAGUCGUCGACAUCUUUUCAACGAACGGGACCAUCGUUGAUGAGGAUGAAGAAGCAGAGCGGUCCCACUCUAGUGAACUGGAAAAACGCCGCAGGAAGUGUAAAGCAAGUCUGUAUAUCAUGGACUGA